UAUCCGAAGUUUGACGGAAAGGACCGAGAAAAUGCGAUUGUUAUUCGAAGAUGUUCCGAUUGAUUGUUACCCAAUUAUGUGCACAUGGGGCCGACAGACCCGUCCUCUACAAAUUGAUGUUUGAUUCUUAACAAGAACUUCCUGUGUAGUGGUGUUUCAUCGGUCUUUGCCAGUAUCAAGAUGAUGAAUAAUUUCAUCAUAAGGUGUGCAAGAAACAUUCCUUUAUGUUGGAGAGCAUGGAACAUAAAUUUACACAGUGCUCAGAGUAUUCUAAAUCACCAAGCAAAGAGUAUACUAUUUCCUCGGAAGAUAUUUCAGCUUUCAGGCAGAGGGUCAAGAUCUCGGCCCACACGUGAUGUCAUGAUGUAUUCUGAUAGUUUUUUCAAAUUUAAACAAAAAUUAAAACGUAAGGGUGAUUUUAAAAUGACUUUUUCCGAGUGGGAAACUCUUAGAGAAAAGAUAUUAAAAGAAAGUCAUUGGGUGGAAAAUGUUCUUGAUGCUACUUUAAUGAAGAGCUUGAUAGGCAAACCUGAUUUAAGUUUGUCAUACUUAACAUAUAUAAAGUCAAAAAGGGAGCCAAAUAUGUCAACUUUGAAUUAUUUUUUCCAAAAUUGUGCCCACAAAUACGAAGAUAUGGUUCUGGAAGAGUUUGAAAAGUGUAAGGAAACAUAUGGUUCCAGUAAAGUAUUCCAAGAUAUGGUUGGACCUACAAUUGCUUUGACAAGAGAAUGGCUACAAGUUAAAAAUUGGGUAUUCUCUGCGAAAUAUGUUGAUUUUGGAGUAUCAAGUGCACUUCUCAAAAUGUCAUUAAAACAACAGGAUUAUUUAACAUUCUAUGAGAUAUGGACAAAAAUAACUGAAAUUAGCUCCGUAAAAAGAUUGAGUGAUAUCAGAAAUCGUUUAUUUGUAUUUUGGGAAGAAGGUGUGAUUCCUACAGAUCUAUUCUUGGAGCUGUUGAAACUAGGAGAAUUUCCUUUGAAUGAUAUGGAAACCCAUAAAUUAAAGAAUUACUGUGAAAGUGAGUGGAAACAGUGUGAAAGUGCAGUUUUGACUGAAGUUCUUCCCCAAAGCCGGAUAUGUAAAAGUUGUAAAGAAACACUUCCAGAAAUUGAGCCUUUGGAUAAGUCAAUCAUGAAGGAAAUGGUUAAGAAAACUAUGAAGAAGUUAUUGAUAGGUGAAAACAUCUUUAGGAAGACAACGCCAAAAGAGCUGGAUAGAUUCUCCGACUUUAUGAACAUGGAAGGACCAUUUGACUACAUUAUAGAUGGCUUGAACUUGAUGAAUAUAGUACAACCUAUAUCUUCAUCAGGCUCUAAAAAAGAGAAAAUAAAGGAUCUGGUUGAUUACUACUUCAAGGGAAAACGGGUUUUGGUUGUAACUAAAGAAUUUGAUGACAGUAUGAAAUUAAUAGAAGGACCUAUUUUCAGAGUGAAUAAAAAGUCAAGUGAUGACAUUUACAUAAUGCUUGCAGCUUUCAUGUCGGGACCAGAAUGUUAUGUACUGACGAAUGAUGACUUUGGGGAUCAUAUUUCGCUUAUAGAUAAAGAGCUGAGGCCAUUCUUUGAAUCAUGGAGAAAACAACGAAGAAUAUUUUUUAAACCCCCUGAUAAAUUUUAUUUCCCAGAAAGAUACAAAUUUACCACAACUGAAACAAAAAUGGGCUGGCAUGUACCAUGUCGAGAAAAUGAUGAACAGAUGAUAAUAUACAAGUAUUUGCAAAAUCGGUCAAAACAUUUUGUGCAAAUGCAAUCCAAGAAGUUCUUAUGUUUAAGUAAAAAAACAAGCUAUGUGCCUUCAUCAGAGCUGGUAUUAUUUAGACAAGUGACAAAUGAAUGGAACAAAAUGAAAGUGUAAUGGAAAUAUUGCAUAUGUAAAAAUUGGAAUGCAGAAGAAAUACAGGGCUCAUAAUCAUUGUUGCAACUUCCCAAGAUCCUUAGUUCAAACAAACUUCCCUACAGUUUCUCCUCGCAACAUCAUUUAUCAAAACCUGAUAGGUUUAGAUAGCCUUUAGACUUUGGGUGGAAUAAUCAGUGUCAUCAGUGCUGAAAAUAGACUUUUACACUUUAGUUCAUUAAUUUAUUAUAUCUACAUUCAUGAGAAAGUAUGUUGUUUUGCAAAUAUCCAGCAGUCUUUAGAAAACUUUGUUUCCUGUCAGUAAAGAAACAAUCUAGAGGACAAUUUGAUCCAUAGCCUUCAGACUUCAUAGGAUGAUUUUCCUUAUUGAGUAGAAGACCAAAAUGUACUAUGUUUUAGCUCACCUGUGCACAAAAUGCUAAGACGUGAGCUUUUAUGAUGGCAGUCUGUCUGUGUGUAGACCACAUGGUUUCCUCUGAUUAUCUUAAAAACUAUUUAUCACAAAGUCUUCAUAUUUCACAUACUGAUUGGUCAUAGCUAGUAGAUGACCCCUAUUGAUUUUAGGGUUACUAGGUCAAGGUCACAGGGGCCUUAAAUGUCAAAAUGGUUUCUACUGAUUAUCUUGAAAACUAUUCUUCACAAAGUCUUAAUAUUUCACACAGUGAUUGGUCUUAACUACAAGAGGACCCCUAUUGAUUUUGGGGUCACUAGAUUAAAGGUCAAGGUCACAGGGGCCUGUAAUUUCAAAAUGGUUUCUGCUGAUUACCAUGAAAACUAGUCAUCACAAAGUCUAUAUAUUUCAAAUAGUGAUUGAUCAUAACUAGUAGAUGUCCCCUAUUGAUUCUUGGGUUACUAGGUUGAAGGUCAAGGUCACAGGGGCCUUAAAUGUCAAAAUGGUUUCCGCUAAUUAUCUUGAAAACUGGUCAUCAAAAAGUUUUCAUAUUUCACAUAGUGAUUGGUCAUAGCUCGUAGAUGACCCCUAUUGAUUUUGGGGUCACUAGUUCAAAGGUCAAGGUCACCAGGGUCUUUAUUGUCAGAAUUGUUUCCACUUAUUAUCUUGAAAACAAUCUAGCAGAAAGUCUUCAUAUUUCACAUAUUGAUUGGUCAUAGCUAUUAGAUGACCCCUAUUGAUUUUGGGGUCACUAGUUCAAAAGGUCAAGGUCACAGGUGCCUUAAAUAUCAGAAUGGUUUCUGCUUAUUAUCUUGAAAACAAUUUAUCAUAGAGUCUUCAUAUUUCACAUAUUGAUUGGUCAUAACUAUUAGAUGACCUGUUUUUAUUUUAGGGUAACUAGGUUAAAGGUCUAGGUCACAGGUGCCAAGUUAAAUGUCAUAAUGGUUUCUGCUUGUCAUCAUAAAAACAAUUAUCACAAAGUCUUCAUAUUUCACAUAUUGAAUAGCCUAUAUAGUAGAUGACCCAUAUUGAUUGAGAUCACUAGUUCAUAGGUCAAGGACACAGGGGCCUUAAGUGUAAAUAUGAUUUCCACUUAUUAUCUUGAAAAAAAUUUUUUAUCACAAAGUCUUCAUAUUUAACAUAUUUAUUAGUCAUAAUUGUGUCACUAGUUCAAAGGUCAAGCUCUUUAUAUAUCGUAUAUUGAUUGGUUAUACUUAGUAGGUCACUACUUUUAUUUUUUCCAUAACGGAACACUUCCAUGUACCCAUUUAUGGCAAGUUUCUAUAACAGAGUUACCAAUGUGAGUCAAGGGCUAUAAAGGGCGAUAUUUCUUGUUACAAGAAUACCGUGUUAUUAUGCAUUGAAUGUGCUUGAAAAUAUAAAUCACAUUAACUGUUAAAAUGAGCAAGUAUAUGUAUUUGUUUGUAUAAUAAGAUAUUCACACCUUGCAUACAGGUGAACAUACUAUAAGGCAGAUAAAAUAUUAUCUGUUAAAUACUAAAUACCUGAUUAUGAAACAAAAAUUGGAAAAAUUGGAAAUAAAAUUCAACAUGUUGUUACGUUGUAUGGAUGAUAACAAAAUUCAAAGUAUACUGCUAUUUAUUAUGACUAGUUAAUACAUGUUGUUAAGACCAUAGAUCAAGUUGAGAUGUCCAGGUACUCAGAGAGGCAUGAUCAUACAUGCAUAUGUAACAUAGCAUUAAUGAAUAUCAAAUAAAGGGAAGUAAUACAAUUGACUGUACAAAUAAACAUGUAAAAAGAUA